AUGGCCCAUAUACAAUUCGUUGAUGAAUUAGUUCGAGAGUAUCUACUUUAUCGAGGAUUUACAUCAACAGUGAAAGCGUUUGACAAUGAUUUGAAGGCUGAUAAAGACAAAGGUUUUAGAGUUGAUAAAAUAGUUGAACAAAUUGUACAUUAUAUUAAUGUUUCCGACCUGAACGGAUUUAAGGACUAUUGGUCGCACCUUGACGUCCUUGUAUUCUCAAAAUUGGAGAUUCACGUUCAACCUGCUGUUCGCAAGCUGGAAUACAGUCUGUAUAAGUUGUAUUUAGUGACAGCAGCGCAAAGUACAGGUGGAGCACGAAAUGAGAGGAUCACAGACUUCUUAUCUAAAAUGUUACCUGAACUGCAAGGACAGACCGAGUGGAGAGACUGGUUCAUGCUGCCAUUUAUCCAGAAACCAGAAGAGAACCCAUCAUUCAGUCUGUACUUCACCAGAGCAUGGCAGGACAGUGUUCUAGUGUCACUACACAAUCUGCUGGCGACAGUGUUCCAGUGUAUGCCACAACCCACUCUGACCAGCUAUGAAAGUGAUGCCGCCAUGGUAAAGAGACUUCAGGACAAAUUGGCUGCUGUGUCAGGGAAGACUCAACCACAACAAACAGAGAAGACGUCACCAAUAGGUCAUCAGUCCCGACUGUCCCAGUACUCAGAGCGACUCAGUGGCCCGUUACCCCUAGUUGAUGACUUUUGCGCCGUGCCUUCGGAACAACUGGAGAGCGGAGUGCGCGAAGCCAAGGGGCUCCGGGGCUUACUACGACAAAUGGGAGGCAGUCCCGUAAUGGGCAGGAAAGCCAGUCGAUCUCACAGCCAAAACUAA